GUGUGGCUGCUCACGCACCGACAUCUGCCUGUGACUUUUUGUCACCGUGCUUAACUAAACAGACAUUCAUUGACAGACUGUGUGGGACACGUGUAAGUGAGGAUAGUAAUUCCUGUGCUGUGAAAAGAUUUCUUGCUGGUAGUAAUGAUGAUUCAGGUAAACCCAGGACAAAGACCGAAUGCUGUUGUAGCAGCAUUGAGAGCGGCAAGAUCGAAUUAAGGACAACUCAACUAAACUUCUACAGGCUAUUAACAAAGCUGCAGACGGGGCAUCGUCUGAGGGCAUAAUCUCCUCCAGGGAUGCAUAUCCUAGAAUUCCCGCGCGAACUACAGUACUUUAUUCUGGCAAAGCUGGAUGGUGUGGCCUUAGGCCAUGUUCAGUGUGUUUGUCGAUCAUGGCAAGAAAUUGUGGGACAUCUAGAAUCAUCUUUUAAUAUUUGGUUGAGAUGUUGUUUAAAAGAAAUACCAUCCUACAUUUUGGUACAACUCACAGGAAUGUGCAGAUUUAUUGAACAAGGGGAGAUAACUGCAGAUGUGUGUAAUCGUAUUGGUUGGGAGUUUUGGCGAGACCUGUAUCGAGAAUACCAACGAGACAAGCUGCUGACUCAAUGGCGGGACACCAGUAUGGAGAUAACCAUUCCCUUCAUGUACGGGAAGGCAACAUCCAUUGAUCUAGGGGAGGGGUACCUGGUGUCUGGCCACACCACUGGCAACGUGCUGGUAUGGGAGAACCUGAAGGAGACGGAUGCCCUCACCAUGGGGCUGGUACAUAAACACCACCAACAUGUGUCCUGUGUCCGGGUGCUGGCAUCAGAAAGGAGUUGGAAGGAUCUGGGAACUGCUCAAAUGGAAGAAGCCUGUCCUUGUGUUGCAUCAUCAUCUCGAGAUUGUGUCAUCAAUGUGUCAACGAUUCGAGGCACAGACACACAUCAUAUUGCACACUUUUCACAGCAAGUCAACCAUCUCAGUGUUUGUGGCGAGUAUUUCGUAGCAGCAGCCAAGUCUUCUGUGCUUCACGGGCAGCCUGUGUGGCGGGUGUCAUCCUCCCGACCAUUGAACUUGGAACAGACAGAUCAGCUUUGGGGACAAAGGACAUCCAAUGUCACAGCUGUUGCCAUGACAUUUGGAACGGUUGUGUCCGGGGACGUUAUGGGCAACCUGAUGAUGUGGGACAGUGGUGUAGAUGAGCUGAGUGACAGGGAAGCCGGAAAUGAUGGUAGCCUGUGUGUACGCCGUGACUCAAAAUUCACCCAAUGGUUGGCAGAGGAUUUGUUCGAGACGUACCAGGGAACUGCAAAGUGUCUGUCAUUGAGAGGGACAAUAUUAGCAGUUGCUACAACUAUGGGCGGCGUGUUCCUCUACAGUAUACCAGACAACAAAUCGUAUGAAACGCUUGAGUUCAAACAUCCACAUAGUGUUGUGAGGACUGAGAAAAACACAAUCACAUCUAUAUCCCUUGGAGACGAUGGCAAGAGUCCUGUUGUUGCCAUAGCAGCUGAUGAUGAAACAAUCACCAUCAUCAGGUGGCAGCCAUGAUUUGAAGCAGAAGUGACAAAAACAGAUUCAGUGGUGAUCGAUCGGAACAACUUGGAAUGUGUUGAUAAUCUGUUUACUAGUUUUAACAGUUAGAUACACACAUCGACUAUUGUUCACAAUAGUACUAGUGUAUCAUUAUGGCAUCUUGUGGAUAGUCAAGAUCAGCUUUUACCAAAACAUUACAGCAGCUAUUUGAACAAGGUUUACUUGUCCUUAGGAAAUGUUGUGACUCAAUUGAAGUCAUUGAAGGGACGGUAUGUGAACGGUUCCGGAGGUUGUUUUUAUCCAAAUGUGACAUCACAUCCAUAGUUCCUGCCCGAUUCAGUUCUCAACCAAAAGAGCUCUGCACAGCAAAGGCAACAAACCCACAUUACAAACUGGCUUCCAUCAUGUUCUUUAUUAUUGGCAAACUGAUAAGAAAGCUUUAGUGAUUUUCUUACAUUUAAGUAACAAAAUACUAAUUACCAAUCGAUUUGAUAAGAAGCAAGUGUUUGUCAAAGCCAAGAUUGCAAUAUGCACAUGCUAAGGUCAUAUAAAACCAAUGACUUUCCUUGCCAGAAUUCUUGCAUUUGGCCUGUCAGUUCCUACUUCAGAUUAAGUGAUUUAACCCUACCCUUGAGCCUUGUAAGCUUGAUUAUUGAUUUACUUGAAAACCAUGCUUCAGGACAGUUGAUUCACUUUCCCUUUAGGUCAGACAGUUUACUUGACAUGGUGUUGAAGAAUUCUUGCAGGAUAAUGUGUGCAGUAGUGUCUUUUAUUUGUCUCAUGUCGUCAAAGAAGUGGAAGUUAGUGGAACAUGUCUACAGCUGAUUGAAGCCAAGCAGAAUGGUGUGAAUAUUGAAAAUCAUGACAGGUGGAUUACUGUCGUCUCCGGGUUGACAAACACGAGGUCGGUGGUACUGAACAAACAGAAGCAUCUGUGAUCAACUUAGUGUCCUGAGGGACCAAUGUAUAUUAUGUUUGAUGUUGUUAUUUAGCUCGACUGACACAGGUCAUGUGAGCUUGUACCAUGGCAUAUCAUCUGUUGUCCAUCUCUUAUGAUGUUUGACCUUUUAACUACCAUAAUGCCAUCUUCAAAAUAUUUUUCAAAAUUCAUCAUGUAUGACCCAGUAAUGGUACCCAUCAUGCCAUAAUGAAUGUUUCAGGGAUUAUUUUAGGAGUAAAGUCUACGGUUAGAAAAGUUGAAAGAGCUGUUUACUGAACGGAGUUGCAUCCCUUGAGUGUGAUAGGAUCUUCUGAUCAAGGGUUCGAGACUCGGAAUUGCCCUGACCCUUUGUUUGUCAGCAUAUACCUUAAUGUUUUAUAGCAUUUAAACACAAUGACAACUUUGAAUUAGUACUUAGCCACAUAUUUAUGAAUCAUUUUGUCAAUGAACAUAUCAGUUCAGGACCAAUUUUGUAAAAUCAUUUUAUUAUCAUAUGUGACCAUAUGAUUUUGGUUUAAAUAAAUGUAUGACUUAAUCAUUCAUAAUUAAAAUGUUCAUGUGAGCCAGAGAGCCUAUGGUGCUGUGAUUUUCAGAAUUUUAUCUAUUUGAUUAUGAUAAUAGUUUAAACAUGACUCCAUUAUUGUAUAAGCAUGAUAAAAAUGUUUCCCUAAAGUAGAUUUCAUUGCAGUAUUUAUCUGUUGGUGCUAUUGCUGUGUGACCAAAGAAUAAUGGAAAAGGUCUAGAGGGAGGUAAAGAUUAGUGUCAAUUAUUUAAAAUGUUGGUCAUCAAAGU